AUGGGUUCUACAGCUGUCUUCUGUCUUGCAGCCAUCGUCUGCUACAUGCUUUCGGCCAUAACAGCUUCUUCUGCCCAAUGGAAGUCUGCCACAGCAACCAACUCAAAAGACACCGAUUCCUCCAUUGCAACCGAGGGUGCUUGUGGUUUUGGAGACCUUCACAAGACGAGCUAUGGCACUUAUAGCACAGCAUUAAGUGGGAUUUUAUUCAACAGAGGAAGUAGCUGUGGGGCUUGUUUCGAGCUCAGAUCCGGCACAAGUUCAAUAGUCCUCACUGCCACCGAUUUCUGUCCGCCUAACUAUGCUCUACCUCCCGAUAAUGGCGGGUGGUGCAACUUCCCCAAAGCCCACUUUCAAAUUCCAGACUCUUCCUUUUCUCUUCUUACAAAAGAUACAGUAGUUCCCAUCCACAUCCACUACAAGAGGGUGAGAUGUGAAAGAAAAGGAGGAAUCCGGUUCACACUCAAAGGCAGCGCUUAUUUCAUGCAAGUCUUGGUUACCAAUGUGGGUUUGGAUGGCGAAGUUGUGGGGCUAAAAGUCAAAGGGCCGAGGACCGGAUGGGCUCCAAUGGCAAGGAAUUGGGGCCAAAACUGGCAAUUGAACAUCAACCUUGCAGGCCAGCCACUGUCCUUUGAGCUCACUACGUCUACUAGGAGAACACUUGCAUCUUACAAUGUCGCUCCACAAAACUGGAACUUUGGUCAGACAUUUUCGGGAAAACAAUUCUAG